AUGUAUCUGUGUAACAGUCUAGUUCUUUAUGCAUGUUUUAUAUGUUAUGCCCAAUGUGAGGAAAAAAUAUUCUCGUCAAAUAUUUCCUAUGAAUCUGUUAUCGAACUACAAGAUUUGUUACUCAAAAAUUACAGCAAAGAUUUCCGACCCAUACAAAAGCAAGCGGAGGCGAUUGUGAUCCAGGUAAACUGGGAGCUACGCUCCAUCAACGGCUUCAACGAAGUGGCAGGAGAACUAGUGACUAGUUCUAGAUUCAUAAAUGUAUGGAAGAAUGAAAUGAUGCAAUGGAAUACGUCAGUGUACCAUGCAUCUUAUAUAAUUCUGAACAGUGAAAAAGUAUGGAAUCCGGUUCUGGCUUUAGAUAACCCCACUGGAGAAGAUGAUAUUAAGAGCGAAUAUAAGGAAGGAACUAUUCGCUGUAAUGCGGAUGGUUAUCAUUUCCUUACUGUUGCUGUACAAACAAGAACGAGUUGUGAACCUAACAUGCGAUUAUAUCCAUUUGAUCAUCAUAACUGUACUCUCAAAAUAUACUCACCUGAAUUCUUCAUAGGAGAAAUGAAGCUGAUUCCCUCAGUUUAUACCAAAGUGGAAUCCUUACAGCAAGACUCGCAAUGGGAGGCUACAGACAUAUAUGCCUACAAUGAUGACACUGUGAUGUACAGCCGGCCUGCCUUUGGAAUUUCUUUCAAAAGAAAACCUGAAUUCAUCAUCAUUAAUCUGCUGACACCGAUUGUCCUGCUAUGUUUCCUCAACCUAGCUGUAUACAUUCUCCCUCCACAGUCCGGAGAGAGAGUGUCGUUCUCUGUCACCAUGUUUCUCUCGUUUUCGGUCUACAUGACACUUAUAUCGGAGAAGAUGCCUGUAACCAACCCGGUGUCAAUCUUCACUCAGUAUCUCGUAUGUAAUGUAGGAUAUAGUGCCUUUAUUCUCUUCACGACUGUAGUUGGACUGAGAUUUCAUUUAGUACAAGAGGACGAAGAAAUGAUGCCUGGUUGUGUCUCAAAAUUUGUGCGAUUUUUAUCCUGUGCUUGUUCUGCUACUGUGAAAUCGCAGUAUGAUAUAAACAAAGAUUUCCCGAUUGCAUCCAAUGGCACAAUGACAGAUGUUGUAAGUAGAAAUGAUGUCAUGCCUCCCGUAGUAUCCAUGACCAACGGUCACUCUAAAAAAGACCAAGCUGUUAGGAACAUGCUGAAAAAAGACUUCGGCAAACUUAUAGACAGAAUUUGCUUGGUAGUCUUAUCUUCAACGCUUGUAAUAGGCAAUAUUACCUUUGUGAUGUACUUUGCUUUGUCGUAA